AUGCCUGGCCCUCUGUCCCUCUUCUCCGUGAAUGCGGUCCUCAUCAUGUCAGCCGACGACGGAUCUCGCAUCUUCGCCAAAUACUACUCGGCACCGCAUCCCCCCGCCGGCACUGCACCCAACUCAACCAAUUACCCCGGCGCCAACCCCUACCCUACCGUCAAGGAGCAGCGGUCAUUCGAGAAGGGUCUGCUCGAUAAGACCAAUAAGUCGACCAGCGAUGUGAUUCUGUACGACAACCGCAUCGUGGUGUUCAAGAUGGAGAGCGAUGUCAUGCUAUACGUGGUGGGAAGCGCUGAGGAGAACGAGGUCUUGCUGUACAACGUGGUCCUAUCGAUGCGGGAUGCUAUGGGAAUCUUGUUCAAGGGCGCCACCGACAAGCGAACCAUCGUCGAGAACUACGACCUUGUCUCCCUCACCAUCGACGAGAUCAUCGACGACGGGAUCAUCCUCGAAACGGACCCGGUCAUGAUCGCCUCUCGGGUCAGCCAUGCCCCCGCCGCCGAUGCGCCCAAUAUGAAGAACAUCGACCUCUCCGAGCAGGGCCUGAUGAAUGCAUGGGAGUUUGGCAAGCGCCGUCUGGCCGAGGGCUUGCGGCAGAUGUAA